ACAAUGUACUAAAUUGGUUCUCACCUCUACCUGUAUAUAAGUUCCAGGACUUUGCUCCUAUAAACAUUAUCUUUUGCAAGAGCAGACGUGGGCAAUCAACAACAAGCAUGGCAAGCACGCUUCUCUACAACAUCCUAAUUUGCGCCUUGGGCGUCGUGGCUGGCCAAGGGGAACAGACAGUAUCAAUACCAGUUGGACUUCCGGAUGUAGCUCCCAUUGCAAAUCUUAUUGACCAGACAGCGGCAAAGGCAAAAGAGGGUGUGGACGCCGCUGAGCUUAGAACUGCUAUGAACAGCAUAGAACGAUUAGCGGAUGCUUAUUUGGAUGCUAGAGAUGCAAAAGUUGACUUGCAGGAAAUUGUAAAUCUUCUGUCAGAACUCUCAACACAGUUCAAUUACGCCAUUGCUCUGUCCACCUUUCUAGAAGAUCCUCUAGUGCAAGAAGGGCGUAAGGUCAGUGUUGGACUCUACAUUCUAACUGAAUGCUCCAGAUUAAUGACACUUUCAGACAAUGAGACCAUGACGAACAUAAUAAUGGCCACAACGAGUUUCACAGCUGACGCCGUGAGUAGAGGCAUUCUGAAUGCUGAAGGUAUUUACAUCUACAGAAAGGAAGAUUUAGGCAAUUCAAAAAGUCCAUCUAAGCGUUGGGAAGUCACAGGUAAUGUGAGCAAAGGUCCCGGCGGAACCACGUGGUCUGUUUCCGUCUCUCACAAAUUUGGGAAAAGAUUGACUCAACGUGGUGAAUGGUCUGCAGGUGUAAACGUUGGCUACAGUCAACCUGGAGGUUGGAGCGUUGGCGGCUCCCUUUCCUACAAGUGGGGAUGAAGUCUCGACCGGCCGCCCUGACACGAUCUUCGCACCCAGUAUGCAUUUCUUCCUCAAGAUUGAUAUCAAUACAAACAAAAACAUCACAAUGUAAACAUUUCCUUAUUUAUCUUUGCAAGUGAGCAAUAAAACAAAUACUACGCCCCAAUACAA